AUGGCCGCCAUCAACGCUCGACUUGGAGAGGCUUCGAAGGAGGAGCUCUUCCAGAUUCUGGUCGCCGUCUGCGGCCAUGCGACUACCCGCACCCACGUCGAAGGCGUCCUCAAUUACCUCGAGGAGAAGAAGAGCCAGGAGGCCGAAGCCGUCGCAACCCGGCGCAGCAGCCGCUCGUCCACCCGCGCGUCGUCCGAGGUCUCUCAGGGCUCGAGCCAAGCGGCCAAGACCGUCAAACGUACCAUCAAGCUGUGCAGGAUGUGCGAGAAGCCGUACGAGGAGAAGAAGAACCUGAGCAAAUCAUGCUCCUACCACACAGGUCAUUUGUUGAUUGAGUGCGAGAAGGACGGCCUCAUCUGGUUCGAUCUCUUGGAAGCGGCGGCCCACGAGUUCAUAACCAAUCCCAGCGCUCUGCGCAUCCUCAGCUGCUGCAACGCCGAAAAGGAUAUGAGCAAAGGAUGUGUGGUUGGCAAACAUGUCGCUAUGGCAGUAGAGCUACCGGACCAGAGUAAAGAGGACGGCAUUGGAGAGCCCGACUCCGAUAACUGA